UUCGAGAAAUCUUUAGGAACUUUGCAAAAAAACGAUACGUGUUUCGGGUUUCCCAUCGGAUCCCAUAUGCAAUAUUAAAAAGAGCCGCCUUCGGCAUCGCUCAGAUGUUAUGGUUUGGCUUGGGAUGACCCUGGGAUCUCACAAGUUUAGAAGCAUAAUACCACGUUCAGCUGUCAGCUUGCGGUCGUGUGGGAAAUCUGAUUGGUUUUGAGUAGUGCUGUUGCGUUGUUUGUCGCACGUUGUGCUGGUGCAUCCUUUUUCUAUCUUUCCUGACCUUCCAUACUAAUUUCCUUUACAAAACCUCACUUUCCAUGGUAUUUCGGUCUAGUCGUGUUUCGAAUAUGCCUCCCAAACAGCCUUCUUCGGGCAGAACCGUGACAAAAGCACCUCGUCCAGGCAAUCAUCCGGGUGCCAGCCAGCCAACCAACGAUGCGCUGCUUAUUUCGCGUCUGGACGAGCUGGGACAGAAAGUCAAUCCCAUGGAGCUCCAACUUCCACAGAAAUCUCCUCGUUUGAUUACCGCAGUUAUCCCAGAUUUGAUCCAGAAAGCCACUAUUACGCCGCUGGACGAUGCCCUAACGAAGAUUAACGAAACGAUUGACGACGUUUGUAAUCAUCCGCACAUACAUCCCAAACUGAUGGAAACCAUUGGCUUACCUGCACUUAUAAAUUAUUUCCUCUCAUCUGUGUUCCAUGUGGAUCAGACCUCCAUCUGGUUCACUGCCCGAGAUGUUGCGGAACCUAGUGCCAAGUCGAUUCCCCGUGUGCUAACCAUUUUGACCAAUAUUCUUGCUGUCACUUCCCAACACGACUCCGCUGUCCUGGAGCAUUACCAAACGAUGAAAUCUCAGCAAGAUGUGAUGUCCGAAUUAUGGAACCGUGAAGUUAACCUGAGAGGCGUGGAGGAUCAACAACUGCAGCGAGAAGAACAGGAAAAGACCGAAUGCGCUCGGAUGCGGGAACUUUUGGAAACGGUGGAAAAUGAUGCAACUUUGGAGAAUAAAUUGCGAGAUAGCGCUCUGGUCUUGGAAAAGACUGUGAAAAAGCGGGAUGCUGUUCUCGUCGAUGUUCGUCGAGUCGAUUCUGAGCUGGAACAGAUGCGUCACAAACUGAAAGUGUUGCAAUCACAAAUAAUAACACCAGCAGAUGCAGAGCGAGUUGAAAAGCAGUUGGAAGAAACUAAGCUGGAAGCUGAGGCAGUGCGAGCAGAUUUGGGGCGGAAAACUGAGGAUUAUAGUGUUCGUACUCUGAAGAACAAGACCAUACAAGAUACGCUUCAGGCGGCUGAAUUGGAAGGGAAAAAUUUCAUCAACUAUGUAGAAAAAGCCUGUAGUGCUUAUAUUGAUCUGGAUUGUGAAAAACUCCUUGAAGCUAAGCGAUUGUACAUGGUGCGUGAAGAUCUCGAAAAGGCUCGUAACCAGGCUGACCGAGCCCGUGCAGAUGUGGACGAGUUAAAGCAAAAGAUGGAGCUACAAAAAGCGGACCGCAAAAACAGGCAGAAUCAGCAAAAUUUGCAUCGCAGUGAAUUGCAGAAAGAAAUUUCCAGCAUGAAAACUAAGCUGAAGGAAUGCGCUGGUAACGAGGACCGGCUCAUGGACAGCAUUGCACUGGAAGAAAGGGCCAUACAGAAUUCCGACCGUCAGAUUGCGGAGAUCAUGGCACAGACCGCUGAUUUCGUUAAAAAGCUUGAUGCACAGGUGGGCCUUAUGGUGCAGAACGUGGUUUCGGCUAAAGCCGAGACUGAUCGACAGUUGGAGCGUAUGAAAUAUACAGUUCAGAGUGUUUACGGAGAUUUUCCGGAGACUCCGGUGAAAAAGCCAAUUCCUGUCGUCGUACUUCGCCUUUCCGAGGAGACGAAGGCUUUGCAACGGGAGCUCAAUGCGGACCAUGGACAGAGUGCUUAGUUUUGGGCCCAAGCCUCGAUCCGCUUUAGCAACAGAAUGAUUCGAAAAAGACGAUUAAAGAGAAUAUUUCCAUCGUUAAAUAAUUAUCGCUUGGUGUCGGAACUAUGUUCGUAUUAAUCAACUUGUAGCAUAUCUUAUCUCUUUAUAUCAGAUAUUAUUUGAAUAUAAUACAAGACAGCAUUGAAAAUGUUGUACUUUGAAUUGUUUCGUUGUGGGUUGGUGUGGUACACCCAUUUAAAAGUAGCGGAUGAAAGUUGAUUUGUUAAUUACACUAACUACAUUGUCGAUAUUUUUCGUUCUGCAGCUGAACUUUUAAGUGUAGUUGACUCACUGACUGGAGUCUGGGUGUAUUGUCGUGGCUUGUGAUUAGUUGUAAACGAUUUUUUUUACGAUGGGUUUUACGUGUUUAUAUUAGUGACGGUGGCUGUUUUGUCGAUGUGCCUUUUGUUGAUGUCGAUUGUCGACUUUUAUUCUUAUUUGACUGUUUGUUUCUCGUUUUUGUAAAAUUAACAAAGAUGCCACAAAUGACAAAAGUGAAGAAUG